AAAGAAUUCAAUUAAUGAUACUACUGAGACAUUUUAAACAACUGAAGUUCAUAAAUAUAAAUGAAAUCAGAUUUGUGAGCUAGAAAUUUACUACGAAUACUAGAUCUACUAUUAAAUUUCUUAUUUAAUAAGUAGAUCUAUCGUCUACGAAACUCAAUUCCAACUUUUUAACUUUUGACCUUGGGGGUGUGUCUCGCCGGCUGAGCCAGCGUCAAGCUCUCUCAUCACUUUUUCCAUGUCAACCAAUGUUAGGUCGAAACAGCACAAAAAAAUCAUAAUUUUAUUACGGUCAAACAUACAGUCAUAAUUUAUACACCAUUAGAAAUUUCUUUUAAAGUAUUUUAAUAAUGUAAUAACGAAAAUUUUUUUUUAUCAAAGAUAAUUUCUUUUUCGCCUCCCUAUCAAUGAGUAUCAAUAGGAUUUGAGUGCACCGUCGUGACGUCACACAGAAAUUCAGUGAAAAUCUGACUGUUUUGGAUGCGCAGAAAAAUUAUGUCACAAAAACAUCAAUUACUAAGUUAUUCUUGCAAAUAAAAAAAAAAGAAUAAUAUAUUCAUUAUCUAUAAAUCAAAACACAUAUUAUAUCAAAAAUUGUCAAAACCAUCGGAGUUACCCUUUAAAAACAACAUAACAACAUGGUGGCCGGUAUAGGCUCAUUUUGAACAAACUGCAGAAAUAAUUGUACUUUAUUCAUCUGAAACAAAUUGAGUUUCUUGCAAUUUUGUUUCAUUGACCUCGUUUCUUGAAAACUAUGGCAUCAGAAGUACAUCAUUUAACAGAGGUUACAGAAGGACGUGCUACAAUUCUCUUGCCAGAAUCUGUUUUCUAUAAUCCAGUUCAAGAGUACAACAGAGAUUUAACAAUAGCAAUAAUAUCUGAGUUUGCAGCACAACAUUUGGCUAAAGUUAGUGCUGAUAAAAAUGUUUCACAAGACACACCAGAAAGUUGUACACAGCAGACUGAGACCUUAGUGCCUGGGAAAAAAUAUGACAAUGGAAUCACUAUAUUUGAAGGUCUUUCUGCCUCAGGUCUUAGGUCAGUAAGAUUUGGGCUAGAAAUACCUGGCAUAAAGCAAGUCAUAGCCAAUGACUUUGAUAAAACUGCUGUUGAAAUUAUAGAAAAAAAUAUUCAGAAAAACCAUCUCGAACAUCUUGUCUCAGCCAAUUACGCUGAUGCAUCCAUGGCCAUGUAUGAACAUAAGUCAUGGGACAAGCAGUUUGAUGUGAUUGAUUUAGACCCUUAUGGCAGUCCUUCAAUAUUUUUAGAUGCAGCAGUUCAAGCAGUAAGAGAUGGAGGCUUGCUGUGCAUCACUUGCACUGAUGCUGCUGUUUUGUGUGGAAAUGCCCCAGAAAAAUGUAAUGCCAAUUAUGGUUCAAUUUCUCUGCGCUCAAAAUUCUGCCAUGAGAUGGGAUUAAGAAUUAUGCUACAGUGUCUGGAUUCACAUGCUAAUCGAUAUGGCAGAUAUAUUGUACCACUCGUUUCAUUAAGUAUAGAUUUUUACUUUAGGCUAUUUGUUCAAAUAUUUUCUGGUCAGAAACAGGUGAAGCAUUCUUGCACAAAGAAGUCAUUCGUUUUUGAAUGUGUGGGCUGUGGCUCUUACUUACUGCAGCCAUUGGCUGUAGCUUUACCGGCCAAGGGGACUGGAAAUUAUAAGUUUAUUGCAGGAAGUGGACCAGUUGUCCCCCAGAAUUGUGAACACUGCCAUCAUCAUUACAAAAUUGGUGGUCCCAUUUGGUCUGCACCACUGCAUGAUACAGACUUUAUCAAGAAAAUUUUAAGUCGAAUAGAACGUAACUUACAUACUUUCAAAACAGCUGAUAGAAUAUCAGGAAUGUUAAAUGUUGCCCUAGAGGAGUUGGCAGAUGUGCCACUCUUUUAUGUCUUGGAUGUUAUUUGUAGUGUAUUACACUGUCGAGCUCCCAAUAUGGUUGCAUUUAGGUCUGCUCUACUUAAUGCUGGUUACAGAGUAUCACUCUCUCAUGCUGCUAAAAAUUCCUGCAAGACAGAUGCUCCAACAAAGUUUGUUUGGGAUGUCAUGAGAUGUUGGGUGAAAGAAAACCCAGUCAGUGCCAAGCGUCUAACUCCUGGUUCUGUAGCUAAAGCUAUUUUGGAUCAACAGCCUGAAGUAGAAGUAUCAUUCUCUGAACAUCCUUCUGCCAACCCUCUUUCCAGAAAACAAGGUCUUCUUAGAUGGCAAACUAACCCAGAGCCUCACUGGGGUCCUAAAGCAAAGGCCAAAAGGGCAGGGAAUCCAGAUCUUAUAGAGAAACAAGCCAUUAAUCAAGGAAAGAAAUCAAAGGUCGAAAAUAUGCAACCAAGUGAAUAAUUGGAUUUCAAUUAGUUAAUAUUUACAUUUUAAAUAUAAAUAAUAAAAAAUACUACCUUGUUUUA